AUUUGCAUUGUGAUUUAGUUCGAUGCACUCCGCGGCAAAAACAGAAAAGUUGCAUUGCUUGUCGUCUAGGUCUGUGUGAUAUUUUUUUUGCCAUUUAUUUGUCGAGUGCAAUUCAAAGUAACAUGGAAAAGCAAAACAAAAAAAGUGAUGUAAAAAUCAAUAAUUAGAGCUCCAUCGAAAUACCAAGUAAGAAUUCACGAAAAAUUCAAGAGCGGACUCUUUCCUCUAUAAAAUUGCAGUAUUAGAAAACUACAGUUAAAAUUACAAAGAAACCAUCAAAGUACGUGCAAUUCCAAUUGGAAAAAAUCAUGCCAUACAGCGCCAAUAACAAUAUUGAGCAGCAUGUGGUGAAUUCAUCAACGGAGGAGAAUAUGAACGGCUACAAUCGGAAAUCACCCCAAAAACGGCGCUAUGAUAUGCCACAGUAUGCUGCGUCACCAAAAAAGAAAUUAUGCAAGGAGCGCGUACCACAACCGAAGAAUACAGUAGCAAUGCUGAAUGAAUUGCGGCAAGGACUGAUAUACAAAUUAGAGUCACAGACUGGUCCGGUGCAUGCACCGUUAUUUACGAUCUCCGUUGAGGUCGAUGGGCAAAAGUACAUGGGUCAAGGGCGCAGUAAAAAGGUAGCGCGUAUUGAAGCUGCAGCCACAGCGUUACGCAGUUUUAUACAAUUUAAAGACGGCGCAGUCUUAUCACCCCUGAAGCCUGCUGGCAACUUGGACUUUACCAGUGAUGAACAUCUGGAAAAUGGUAUUGAAAACGUGUCCAACGCAAAAUUAGUCGAACUUGUGAUGUUGAUGUUGCCUGAAAACAAAUCCAACCUUACCUCGCUUGAACAACCCACGUUGCGCCCACAAGUCUUUUGCAUGAGCCACAAUGCGUCAAAAAGCGCGAUAUCUGUCGAUGGACAGAAAAAAGUACCAGAUAAGGGCCCUGUUAUGUUAUUAUACGAGCUAUUUAAUGACGUUAAUUUUGAGUGCAUGAAUAUUGACGGCGCCCAAAACAACUGUCGCUUUAAAAUGACCGUCACUAUCAAUGAUAAAAAGUUUGAUGGUACUGGUCCCUCCAAGAAGCUAGCAAAAAAUGCAGCCGCCAAGGCAGCGCUUGCCUCGCUGUGCAAUAUCUCAUAUAGUCCAAUGAUGGCACCGCAGAAGAACGCACCGUUGCCCAUUGAUGACAAAUCGUCGUCAAUGGAAUUGCCGCAAAUACACGCAGAUACUAUCGGACGCUUAGUGUUGGAGAAAUUCAUGGAAGUUAUCAAAGGUCAGGAAGCGUACUCGCGACGAAAAGUGCUGGCCGGCAUUGUUAUGACAGACAACAUGAAUUUUUGCGAAGCCAAAGUUAUAUCGGUUUCGACGGGCACCAAGUGUGUCAGCGGUGAACACAUGAGUGUUAAUGGGGCUGUGCUUAAUGAUUCGCAUGCUGAAAUAGUGUCCAGGCGUUGCCUCCUAAAAUAUUUGUAUGCACAACUUGAUCUCCAGUGUAAUCAGGCAACAGCAUAUCAGUCGAUUUUCGUGAGGAAUACAGACGGGCAAUACCCUUAUAAACUAAAAUCCGGGGUACAUUUCCAUUUGUAUAUAAAUACAGCACCAUGUGGGGAUGCACGGAUAUUUAGUCCUCACGAAAACGACACUGGUGUUGAUAAGCAUCCAAAUAGGAAAGCACGCGGGCAAUUGCGUACGAAAAUCGAAUCGGGCGAAGGCACCAUACCUGUGAAAAGCAGCGAUGGCAUACAAACCUGGGAUGGUGUACUGCAGGGCCAGCGUUUGCUAACGAUGUCAUGUUCAGAUAAAAUUGCGCGCUGGAACAUUGUGGGUAUUCAGGGUUCGCUACUGUCUUCCAUUAUCGAGCCAGUGUACCUGCAUUCCAUUGUAUUGGGCAGUCUGCUGCAUCCAGAGCACAUGUAUCGCGCAGUGUGCGGCCGAAUUGAGAAAUCUAUACAAGGUCUACCACCUCCGUAUCAUUUAAACAAGCCUCGUCUGGCUCUGGUUACUUCUGCAGAACCGCGCAAUCAGGCAAAGGCUCCAAACUUCGGAAUAAAUUGGACCAUCGGUGAUACGGAAUUGGAGGUGGUAAAUUCUCUAACCGGGCGAACAAUUGGUGGUCAGGUGUCAAGGAUUACGAAACAAGCUUUCUUUGAUAAAUAUGGAUUUUUGAUGAAAAACUUGCCUGGCAUGCCAAAUCGCAAGGUCAUCAAGGACUACGGCGAAACAAAGGCGGAUGUCAAGGACUACCAGACGGCGAAGCAGGAGCUGUUUUCUGCAUUCAAACGAGAGGACCUUGGCAGUUGGUUAAAAAAGCCAAUUGAGCAAGACCAGUUUGGAAAUGUGGAAUGACUGCAUUCAACUCCACCAUCAACCGGAUACAUUUGUACCACAGCAAAUUUUUUAAAAAAAGACAGCAACAACGGCAAGCAAUUAAUAGAUUUAGAUAAUUUAGCUCAUAUAAAAACUUGCAAUUUAGACUGCAAUUUUAUUUUUGUCCAAUUAAAUCGAAACCAAUUAAUUUUAAUUAGUAACCUGCCGAUGAAGCAUCGGAACAACAACGACAGAGAUAUAGGUUCAAAUAUUGGAACGAAGAGAUUUUUCAGUAGAAUAUUUCUAGAAUAGAAUGUAGUUUUUAUGCUGGAUCUAAGUAAUGAAGUAUUAUGGCGUUUUACUUAAAAUAAUUGAUUUUACAUAAAUUAACUAAGACCUGUACCUAUUGAAGGCUACAUCAAUAACAUGACAUGACAAGUUUUUCGAAAUUAAAAUUUCAGGAAAAAUAACCACUUUGAGUUA